AUAGUUUGUUUGGUGCAUAGUAGAGUCUGCUGAAGUAAUAACACUUUUAAAGCAACUUUUAUAUUUUUAAAAUGGUAUGUUUAAAAUGAAUUCUCCAAACACUUACUGGUAAAGAGUGACGUCAUCACACCGCGUCUCCAGAUGAAGGUCGGGCUGGUGCAGGCCACGCACUGGGGGCUGCAGCAUGAAAUCUGCUUCUAGCCAUGUUUAUCUAACACGUACUAGGUGGCCAACGUAAAAACAAUGGGAGAUUUCGCACAAACGUGUAGAUUGUUAUACUUUCCCAAAACAACUGGUAGAGUUGCUCUGCUUUGCCUGACGACAGAUUGACAAGGACAUUGUUCUCGCUAUCUCCAUGGUUACCACCCAAGUCCCAGUCACUGGGCUCUCAUCUGCAGUAGCGCAAUAGCCUUCUCAUUGAUCCUUACCCCUGUGUUUUCAGCUCCCAGCUCCCAUCAUUAACUGGAAACUUAGCUCAUACCAAGCACUCUUUUUGUUCAAAACAGCAGACGGAAAGUUUAACGAUCACUUUUAUAUGAAAAAAAAAGAAAAGCCCCGAUUUGUGGCAUGUGCUGAUUCCCCCAUGUAAACAUUUCCACUGUGGCCAAUUUCAAGCUACCCAGGUGAAGUCACUGGGGAGGUGGGAAGACGUGUGCGUGAGGCUCUGCCACGCCGUCGGCCCCGGCUCCAGCACGUAAACUAGAAGACUCUCACGCGGCUUCUCCAGCCACUCCAAGUCCUGGCAGAGACCAGGGCCUAUGCCCAUAUUUCUCUUUAAUCUCAUUUUCAACUCUACUCUCUUCCUGGUAGAUUCAUUCUUUUAUUACUCAGUUACUUAAUUUGUAUAAUAUGGAUGUGUUUGUAGCAACACAUCACAUGAAAUGUAUGACAGCAUUCAGCACCCCGCAGAAGGAAAAUAUUUCGUUACUGCAAGUGGUGGGAACGCUGGCAGUUCCCCAGCGCGAGGGCACGUGACACGCACAUCACCGAGUUUCACUGAGCUAGACAAAUUACUCAAUGGCUGUGUCUCACCACAAAGCUGAAUGUGAACCGAAGUUUCUGUCACCUGACUUACUAUGUCCAUACGGGGAAAUGGGAAGUAUUUGCCCGAAUCUGAGGAUGACUUUAAAAGGCGAGAAUGAAUCAGCUGCCAUGAUGCAUUUAGUCACAUCAAACCCUGCCCCUGGCGUGGGUUCAGUCACUGAUGCUUUCCUCUGAGGUGACCAGCGCUGCUGGCUUCACCUUCUUGUUCCCAAUGAGCAUUCGUCUCUGCUGCUUAGCCUGCUCGUGGCUUUUGAAAGAAGAUACGAGAUACCGACAUACUGAACUCCAUUCCUUUCAGAAAACUGGAUCCUACAGAGGGUGAAAGAGGUUGGGAAGAAAUGAGGUGCAAAUAAGUGUCCCGCAUGUAUUUGUCAAGCAUAGAUGGAGAAGGAGGGCGAGGCCACGAAGCAAGUUACGUGGGCAAACAUUUCCGCAUGGGAUUCAUGACGAUGCCUGCACCUCAGGACCGACUUCCCCAUCCUUGCUCCAGUGGCUUUUCCGUGAGGUCACAGUCCCUGCACUCGGUGGGGGGCACAGAUGAUGAUCGCAGCUGUGGCAUCCGGAAACAACCACCCCCCAAGCCCAAGCGGGACCCCAGUACCAAGCUGAGCACGUCGUCGGAGACGGUCAACAGCACAGCUGCCAGCAAGGGUGGCAAAGCCCCCGAGCGCACGGAAGUUGCAGCCAAACCAAGACCCAACAGUGACGAAUAUUCCAAGAAGAUCCCUCCUCCCAAACCGAAACGGAACCCGAACACUCAGCUCAGCACGUCUUUCGACGAAACGUACAUGAAGAAGCACGCGCCCCGGAGGACCUCGCUCACGCGCGACCCCUCCCUCUCCCAGGUCAGCAGUCCCGCGGGGGACCCCGAGGAGGAGGAGCCCGUGUACAUCGAGAUGGUGGGCAACAUCCUCCGAGACUUCCGGAGGGAGGACGACGACCAGAGCGAGGCCGUCUACGAGGAAAUGAAAUACCCCAUCUUUGACGACUUGGGCCAAGACUCCAGAUGCGACCUUGACCAUCACAGUUGUUCUUCGCAGUGUGCUACUCCCACGGUGCCUGACUUGGACUUCGCCAAGUCCUCAGUGCCAUGCACCCCGAAGGGUUUGCUCUGUGACAUCCCCCCGCCCUUCCCGAACCUGCUCUCGCACCGGCCCCCGCUGCUGGUGUUCCCGCCUGCCCCCGUGCAGUGCUCCCCCAAUUCCGACGAGUCCCCGCUCACCCCGUUGGAGGUCACCAAGCUCCCCGUGCUGGAGAACGUGUCCUACCUGAAACAGGCCGGGGCGUCUCCCUCCUCGCUGCCCCCACACACCUCAAGCCACCCUAAACUGGACAAGGACCAGAGCGGGGCCCUGGGGCCCGGGGCCACGGCGUCCGUGCUCUCCUCGUCCCCUCCCCCGCCGUCCACUCUGUACCGAACGCAGUCCCCGCACGGCUACCCGAAGAGCCACUCGGCCUCCCCGUCCCCUGUUAGCAUGGGGAGGUCCCUCACCCCGCUCAGCCUCAAAAGGCCUCCCCCCUACGACGCCGUGCAUUCUGGCAGCCUCUCCAGGAGCUCCCCGUCGGUGCCUCAUGCGACCACCAGGCCCGUGUCGCAGGAUGGGAGCAAGAUGGUCAACGCCUCGGUCAACACCUACGGGGCGGCUCCCAGCGGCGGCUCGCGGUCCAGGACGCCCACGAGUCCGUUGGAAGAACUAACCAGCCUCUUCACCUCGGGACGCAGCCUGCUGAGGAAGUCAUCCAGCGGCCGCAGGUCGAAGGAACCCUCAGAAAAAUCCACAGAAGAGCUGAAAGUGCGGAGCCACAGCACAGAGCCGUUACCAAAGCCAGACAGCAAGGACAAAGGACACCACGGGGCGUCUUCCCGAGAGCCUGUCAAAGCUCAGGAAUGGGAUGGGACACCAGGGCCGCCCGUGGUCACCAGCAGACUGGGAAGAUGCUCUGUGAGCCCCACCUUGUUAGCAGGAAACCACAGCUCAGAGCCGAAAGUAAGCUGCAAGCUGGGCCGGUCUGCGUCCACAUCAGGUGUGCCCCCUCCGUCCGUUAGUCCUCUCAGGCAAGCCAGUGACCUGCAACAGAGCCAGGUGGCAUGCAUGCAGUGGUUUCAAGGAGACCAUACAAUGCUUGAGAUGAUUGAGAAAAAGCGUUGCUUGUGCAAAGAGAUAAAGGCUAGACAGAAAACGGAAAAGGGCCUUUGCAAACAGGAGAGCAUGCCUAUCCUCCCCAGCUGGAAGAAGAGCGCAGGUGCAAAGAAGUACAGCCCGCCGCCCUAUUCCAAACAGCAAACGGUGUUCUGGGACACCGCCAUCUGACUGUGCACAGGACGGUGGGAGUGCCACGCGACUUACUGCGAAAAGAGAGGUCGGCCCACACGUGUGCUGAGGAACUGUCACGUGUCUUCUUUGUUGGAAUGGGAUGCCAGCACUUCCCUGGGAAACCCACGGGGAGCUGUGCCUACUCAUGGCAAGUUCAAGAUCACAUGUCUAUUUCCUUGCAAUUCAGGCACACUUAUUUAUCACGGAUUAUUUUGAAUCCAGAAGAGAUUAAGAUGUACAUAUUUUACUAGUUUAUGGGUGACACCUGAAAUAAUACACAUUAUACGUAUAUAAAGGACAGAAAUAUCAAGAGUUUUACUAUAUGAUAUAAUUUCGGUAUUAACUGGUUUGUUAUCUCUUUUAUAUAUGUAAUCCCUUGAUGCCUUUUAUUAUUAAUUUUUGCAGUUAGAAUAUUUUUUCUGCCCACCUUUGUCUUCUGUAUGACGGCUCACAGCUAUAAAUCAUGUCAGUCACAUACUAUCUGAUCUGGUGCUAGUCCAGUACGAGUUGAAUCUCAUAUUCAUUAAGAACACCUGUUGCUUUGUAAGUUUUUAAGAGUGUGACAGGAAAUGAAUGCAAGCGUGAUGCUAACUUUGGGUGUCCGCAUUCCAUCAGCACCGACAUUUUUGCUACUUUGGCUUUAUAAGAAUUUCUCUUUCAUACCGUCCUGACACUAAGCAAAUGGUUAGGCAGACUCCAGAGGAAGGUUAUUAGGAUACACGUGGACGGACACCCCUGCAGAAACUUUUCCUUCGGACUUGACCUUAGGGACACGCAUCCUUGCAUCGUUGAUCUGAUUGGAGGAGACCAGGGUUCACUGUGACAAGGGAAGGAGCGAGGAGUCAAAAGCUAGGUAGCCCGAUGACCUGCAGGAAGCUGGGACCUGUGGCAUCACAGCCACUGCAGGCACGAUUUCUAAGGAACUUCCCAUGCGUACGUCUGCUUCCCCCAGAGAAUGAGACACAUUCAACCAGAUGCGUUUACAUCUUUCAGCACUCUAAAUGCCAACCUUCCCCCAAAUUGAGGUAUACUAAUGCAAUGGGAUUUUUUUUGUUAAUUUUUUCAAACGAGUUUAUUACCGCAUUUUUUGGGGUUGUAAUCUCCUGUGCACGAUUCACACCCAUUCCCACUGAUUACGACGCCAGGACCAAAGACGCAUGACCACGGAUUGAUUUCGUUUUGUUUCACGGAAGAAACAGGAAGUGCAGGGGAUCAGGGACAGGGUGGAUUCCGUUGUGUGUGGUGGUGAAAUCUACAUUAAACAAAGCAUAUAUAUCUUUUAAGAAUAGCUUGUUAGUUGAAUAUAAAUAUUGCCACAAAUGAAUAAAAAGGAAACUAUCACAUAUAUUUUGUAUAUUUAAAUUACUAUUUAUGCUUCCUAAAAUCGACAGUAUGUGGUUCUUCUUUAACAAUCAAUCGAGUAUUAUAUUUCUGAGAGGAAAGGUCUGUGUUUGAAGUUAUUGUCAUAGUGGUUUUCCUUGUAAGGGUUUUGACAGCAAUAGUACAGUGUUGCUCAAUAAAAACCAAAUAUAACAGGAGUUAGGGGAUUUUUGUAACCUAUAUUGCUAAGAACCUAGUAAUGCUUUAUCGAUAAUAGUUUCUUUUAAGCCUUUGAAAUCUUGUAAGAUAAUUUUUUAAUAUUUUAUAAUUAAUGUAUAUUUUGAUGUCCAACGAGAAUUCUGAAAAAAAAAAUAAGGAAACAGGUAAGUGAGAACAUGUGUGUCUGCUGUGUGCGCAUGCGCGUGACUGAGGACUCAGGGGACAACUGUAUACAUAAAAUAAAUGCUUUCUAGGGUUUCAGGCUUUGCUUGUGCAACUGAGGUGGUAAAAAAAAAAAAAAACGCAGAAUCACAACUACAGGAAAUCACAGAGGGAUCUUAAGGAGCUUAAACUGAUCCUGUUGCCACGUUUCACCAGUUCUGAACCCCAACAAUCCAUGAGACGCGGCUCCGGGUGAUAACAGUGUGUUAAGAUCAAAUCAGAAUUAAAAUAAAAUGUGUUCCUGACCCAAGUUGUUACACUGAUUUAAGUUGUUAGGACCCCGUACACUCAGGCCAGUCAAUCAGAUGUAAGAGACACCGGUUCUCAGCAUCUUUGUGGUAGUCUGGGUUGAGGUGCAUGGCCAGGCUCCGUGGGGUGACGACUGGGGAAUCCCCUUGAAAUUUACAUUUCGGCAACACGUGCAAGUGUGGUUUUCAGACGCUGAUCUUUUCCAUAUCUCUCCGAGUUGAGCCGAAGACAUUUUUUUUUAAUGCUGGCCACUUGUCAAGAAGGAAACGGAGGCACUGACGUGACUUGGGCUAGAUUCGGCCAUCCCCAUUGGUUCCGCCAAACUCAGGCUGGUGCCAGGUUUCAGGUACUUCUUUUUAAAAGUCAGUGAUUUUCUAGAAAGACAACCUGUUUGAAAUUCUGAUCUCAGUCAACAGUUGCCAUUUAAUUUCUCCAGAUCUUGCUUUCCGUGGCAAGUCAUGGAAAGAUCUGGAAAAGAUCUGGAAAAGUGGCUUCGCUGAUGUUGACUCAAGAACCGUUAUUCUGUGCAGACACACCUGUCGGCUGUGGCUUCGCCUGUGUGGUAACAGCCAUUCCACAACAACUUGCCUCUUAGUACAGCGUUUCUUUCUGAGGGUGGGGGGGAGAUGGGUAAGAAAAAGGAAAAAAGCUUACUGUCUAGUGCCAGUCAAUCAGGACACUUCAAUCUGUGAAUGGGGUCGGACAAUUUCUCUUUUCUUAAAACCCAUCUACAGCCAGAACAUGAUUGAAUGACAGGCUCGUAUUUUUUCAGCAGUGCCAAAGAACAAAUCUUCUCGUGGCAUGGUUAUCAGGUUGAAAGCGGUCAUACCUGUGAAAAAUGGCCCUUUCGUAGCGCAAAGGUGAGAGAGACAGAAUUUUAUUGGCUGUCAGCAAGAUGCUUCUCCAUGUGAGAAACUUCUCCGCAGGAAGGAGGCAAAUCAACCCCGCCUGUCUGCCCGAUCCCAGCGGCCGGCCUCACGUCCUAUGUGGAAACAGGGCCGCCCGCUUCCCCACACUUAGGCUGUUGCAGCGGGUCUGCAGUGAAAAGUGAUUGAGCUGUGUCCGUGAAGGUGUAGGUCCACCCGCACACACUCGCUGGGAGAGUGAAACCAAACAAAACAUCAGGAGGUCACAUUUUGUCGUUUAACAGAAUAUGCACUUUCAAACACACGGCAAUUGUGUGGCCACAACUAGACAGAAUACUAGUUCACUUUUGAUGCCUGGACUUCAGAGACACCGAGGUUCCCAACAGUCUUCUUGGAAUGCUCCAGGAGAGGAGAGAAACAUUUGUCUUAUUACACCGUGGCUUUAGCCUCACCCUCACACCCCUUUGGGUUAAUUCUCUCAAGUGAGAUUAAGGAUCAAGUCAGAAAACACUGACCAAACCGAUCGGAUAUUGUUUAACUAACUGAGACAACCACACAAUGCAUGUAGGAUGCAGUUUUCAUGGUACUUACAUGUUAAGGUGAGUCACUGGACUAAAACAGAACAGCGCCUGUAAACUGAUUAUGGCUACCUGUGAAGUUAAGAAAAGAGGCAUAUGAAGUGAGAGAUAAUUCACCUUUGCAAAUGAAUAGAAGUAGAAGAGAGUAGCAGUUCAGAGCUCAUUAUGUCCCAGAUUUAAAUGCAAGCGAAAGGAAACUGGUACUGAAUAGCACUUAAGAUAACUCCCUACAUCUUCCCUAUAUGGAAAAAUUGAUAGCUAACUGUAGAAUGUAGACAAUUUGCUAUUGGUGCAUCAUUCAUUUGACAGCUCACGAGUGAGCAGCUUAUGUAUCAGUUAUUUAAAAAACAUUUUGAAGCACUUGGCAUUAAACAUUCAAAAAGAUGUGGUCCUGCCUUUAAAAAGCUUAAUUAUGCAAUCAUUAAUAUUUUCAAAACAAAGCCAAUUAUUUUCAAGAAGAUACACAAUAUCACAUGUGUUUUGACAUCUCCUUUGUGUUUAUGGUAUUCUCUUUUUUUUAAGAUCAAAUGUACAGUCAAAAUAAAACGCUAAAACAUGUAAUCAGUGUCUGUGUACAAAGUAUAUUUAUGUGUAAGUCUUUCCAUGUGCACACGGGAUGCGUACUGCUGUCCAUCCGUGAAUCAGUAAGAGGAUGACGUGUUUUCCUAUGUUGGACUUGAGCACUACCGCUUGGGGUUUGGAUUAAUUUAAAACCUUUGGAUACUAGGGUCAAGUACAUCGUAGCAAAAUAUGUGUGUACUCUGGAAAACGAUGUCUGUAUGUUUCCAUUUAAACAUAUAGUUUGACAUUUAGGGGGAAACAUCUUUACAGAGAUAACGUUGGGUUUCUCUCUACCACACACAUAGACGAAGAUCUUUUUGAGUGUUCAACUGUUUCCAAAUGGGGCUGGGCUUGCCCGCCCUAAAAACAUCUACACUUACACGUGUACGCACCCACAUACAGUACACAUACUGUAUAUAAUAUAUAGGAAAAUGUUUAGUAUGCACUCCUUCCGUUCGGGACUCCUUCAGUUGACGUCUGUAGUGUAGCAAUCUGUGUCAAGCGCGCUGUGCGUACACAGAUCGAAGCACAGUAAAGUCACAGGUCGUGUUACCUUGCACUAAACAUGUGUUUACGUAUUUAGCAGCUGUACGUUUACUUCAUUGCUCUUUUCCAGAAGUGGAAGCAAAUAGCUAUCGAGAACAUUAUAUAAAAUAAUAUGUUUUUAGUGGGUAAUGGCACUACGUUUUUAAAAGACAGGGUUUUUAAAAGAAACCACUUAACAUCCAUUCCAGCAUAACAUGUUUACUGUAUCAAAAAAUAUCUGAAUGUCAUACUGCAUUUUUCAGAACACAUUAAAAAUGUCAGGUAUGUGCCUGGAAAAUUGUGCUAAUAAGCAUUAGGUAACAGGUUUCUCUACCCACAUGUUGUUAGCCAUUUCUAUAUACAUACUAAUAUAAACUCGGAUGUUUUCAUUUCUCUUAAUUUUUGUAUUGAUUUUUCUAGGUAACAUGUAACUAGAAGUGUACUUUGAUACUACUGAAGUAAUCAGGUGUUGUUUGACAACAAAUUGUUUUCUUUAGUGCAUCGACAAUAUUUUACAAUACUUUUGUGGUUAUUUAUUUGUGCUCCUGUGUAAUUAUAAUAAAAGCAAUCAUUUAAAUUA